AUGUUCGUGACCGUGGCCCCCUUGGAACUGUCGGCACCUUACCAUCACUGGCUUCAGGACGAGCUUGGCAAGGCCUGCCGCUGCCGCUCGAACCUUCCGGCGGCGGAGACAUUCCACCUCGCGCACCUGCUCUUCCAGACUGCCCAGGGCCUCCUCGCCGGGACCAACCGACAGCAGACCGCCAGGACGAGUCGACGAUGGGAUCGGCACGUCUUGGCGGGUCGCGACCCUGCCGUUUCCAGCGUGGUGGAAGUCUUUGCUCGUCUCGAGUUCCAGGACGGUAAACGCAAACGGCACGUUGGCCCGGGUCAAUCAUAUCAUGGCUCCGGCCGCGUCCAUUUGCACCUUUUGGUCUGGCUCAAGGACGCCGGCAGCAUCGACUGGCCGCGCGUCGUGCGGGCAGAUAUCCCGGAUGCGACAACGGAGCCCGAGCUGCACGAUCUGGUUCGUGAUUCACAGCAGGACUGGGACGACAGCGCCUGGCCACGGAGAGAUGGUCCCACGGUCUUCGACAGCGCAACGGGCGUCCUGCACCUCCACCAUCCGGCCGACGCCCACGCAGCACACGUCCGAGCCUACUUGCCCGACGUGCUGGGGGCGCUGCAGUGUCACAUGGACGUGCAGAUGGGUGACGGCCGUGGAAUGUUGCUGCAGUACGCGGCCAGCUACAACGCCAAGUUCAGCGACCAAUUUGCAACCGCCUGGCUGAACGAGGAGGCAACAGAUUUCCAGCUGGCCCGCAAGGUUCUUAUGGAGUACCACCCGCUCGAGCCCGAGAUGUGGCUCCAACUCGCCGGGAAGCAAUUUCGGCAGGUGCUCCAGACGGGGGUGCUGCGCCGCGUCGUCGUGCACCCGCCUUGGGCCGGCUUCCCUCCGAGCCGCUGGGAAUCUCUCUACACGACCUGUGCUUGGCGGUCCGAGAGCUGCACGUUUCUGGAAUACAUGCGACAAUGCAACCAGUCUGGAGACAGGCGCAAGAACAAGCGCCGCGUGCUCGUGGCGGCGACGCUGCACUCGGCUCUGAGGGACAGCUACUUUGGGCAGUGGCUGCUGCUCAAUGUGCCCUUCCGUUCCCUUGCUGAUCUGUGGGAUGAUCGGGUGGCUAAGGCGCCCGAGGGCUAUCGGAUGCUGGCCCUGUGUUUGCUGCACCGUCCCGGCUACUGGCGUCGUCUCCACGACGUGCAGCGUGACCUCCACUUGGAAGGCCACAAAGACGCUCACAUCUGCAACGUCCUGAGCAUGUUGGAGGCUCGCACCGCCGUCGUCGACUCCUACCUCUCCGGCUCACUGGUGCUUGACGUGGACAUGCCUCCGCAGCCGGACUUCCUCGCCGCCCCCGAAGUCGGCUACCGUGGGGAACUGGAUCCGGAGCAAGCGGUCGUGGUGGAACACGUCCGGAACAUGGUUCGGUGGGCACUGGAGCGCCGGUACCCCGAAGACGCAGACCCCGCCCAAUUGCACGACUUCCUCGACCGAACUCGCUGCUCCCCGCCACAGAUGCUGCAGCCCCUCUGUGUGUUGGGGCCUGCCGGGUCGGGCAAGAGCACCGCGCUGGAGGUGGCCGUCCAGCGUGCCGCGGAGGCCGGCGCCCACGUUGGCAUUGCGUGCCCGACCGGCAUGCUUGCGAGCGCAUACCGAGAGAAGUUCCCGGGCUUGGAUGUCGACACCUUGCACGGCAUGUUUCUGCUGCAUCUGCCCCAGGAGGAGACGUGGGAUUGCAUGGCAAGCUUUGAUUUGAUCGUCAUCGACGAGGUGGGCCAGCUCUCUCGCACGACUUUCGAACGCCUGCUGUGGUUGUGGGACAACGCAGAUCGCCGCCCGGCCUUGGUGUUCGUCGGCGACUUUCACCAGCUGCGCGGCAUGGACCCCACGAGGGCCUCCGACAGCCCUCGCUGGCGCGGCGUCGUGAAGCGCCACCUGCAGACGAUGCGGCGGUGCAAAUGUCCCGACUUGCGCUGGAAGCUGGAGCUCCUGCGCAGCACCAAGCCUUCCAAAGAGCAGCUGCUCCGCAUCCUGCGGGGGCAUCGGGCAAUGCCCGAUCGAGGCUUCGGCGUCAGUCAGGAACCCACCGAGCUGGACGUCCAAGGAAUCAACGUGGACAACUACGACGACCUGGGCCAGCUCGUGGACUGUCAGCCGCUUCAUCUUCCUGUCCACGAGGGCAUGCGUGUGACGCUCACCCGGAACGUGCAGAAGGAGCAGAACUUUGUGAACGGCAUGCGUGGGGUCGUGCUGGCCGUGCAACGCUCCUCCGUGCUGGUCCUCACGCACUGUGGCAACGUGGUCUCAGUGUUUCCGUACACGGACGACGAAAUUGUCAUCGCAGGGGAGCGUCGACGGGUCACUUACUUGCCGAUGCGGCUGGGGUACGCGACGAAUUUGCAGAAGAUCCAAGGGGCGACCCUCGAGCACGUGACGGUCUGGCUCGACGUCCCCAACGUGGAGGCCGCGGCCUACGUGGCGCUCUCCCGGGUCCAGUACGACCAGAACUG